AUGCAGGUAAAUGAUGACACUACAACUAGUGACAUCAACGAGUAUGCAGCAAUCGGGAUCUACACCUUCAGCUGGUGGCUUUACGAGAAUGUGCUUUCCUUUCUCAUUGGCGUCGUUUGGUACUACUGGAAACAGCUGAUUUGCGGUCGACAAACACUUUCGGAAAGCUAUGGGUCAUGGGCAGUUGUUACCGGAGCUACCGAUGGUAUUGGCAAGAGUUACGCAGUGCAUUUGGCUCGGCGCGGUAUGAAUCUGGUGUUGAUUUCUCGCAACGAAGCUAAGCUGAUUAAAGUGGCGCGAGAAAUUCAAAACAAUUCCGGAGUGCAGGUCAAAUGGAUCGUAGCGGAUUUCUCCACUGGUCCGAGUAUUUACCCUCACAUCUGGAAGGAGCUCAAGUUUGUUGACGUUGGAAUUCUUGUCAAUAAUGUCGGUUAUACGCCAGACCGACUGGAGGUCUUCGAUGCACAUUCUGAUCAGGAUUAUUUGCGAAUGAUAAACAUCAACAUACUAUCGGUGUUGUUGAUGACUUACAUGGUGCUGCCCCACAUGAAGCAAGUUCGCCGCGGAAUUAUCAUCAACGUGUCGUCUAAUACGGCAUAUUUUCCUGCUUGUUAUUUGGCAACUUACUCGGCAACGAAAGUAUUCGGACAUAACUUAACACUUGCGCUACAGCAAGAGCUACGUGGAACUGGUGUGGAAUGUCAGUUGGUUGUUCCGCAAUUCGUUAGAACGAACAUGACAGAUUUUCUGGAUCUGUCACUGUUCGGCGGUAAAAUAGUUCCGGAUGGAAACAGCUAUGGUCGCUGGGCCACGUGGACCAUUGGAAAAACUAAUCAUACAUCAGGUCAUUGGUACCAUUCGCUACAGAAUUAUUCCGUAUUCGUUAUUCCUAACCAUACAGACGGCGAUAUUCAGAAAAUUGAAGAAAGUCCAAGAUACGAAUAA